CCAGUUUCACUUUGGUUGGUGAACUCGGUCUAUGUGAACGGACAUUUUGAAAAGUUUAAGGCUAAGAAAAUCAUUUGCCCCAAAUUGGUUGGAAAAAAUGGCAGAUUUUCUGCCAAAACUAUCUGGAAAAUGUUUGUGAUAUAAGGAAACUUUGUUGGUAAAACAGGUGAAUAUCAAAACGAAGAAAUAAUGGUUCCUUGAUGAUCCUCUAUUCGGGAAACAAGGGCGGAUAACAUCCUAGCCUGGUAUUGAUUUUCCAUUUUCUACUGAUGGUUAGUGCUUAAAUGAAUGUGCAAUGUUGGAAACUUUUCCUUUGCAUAUGGCGGUGAUGAACUUUGAUAAAAACAGCUAACAAGUUUUCUCGUGCGCAAAAAAAAGAAACUUUUAAAGUGUUUCGUGUUAAAUAAAGCAUGUUUAAACGACGCAAUAAAAAAUUUAAAGAUUAUCUGAGGUGAAAGUAGCUGCAGGACAUAGUAUGAUAAGGAAAUUGACAUAUUCUUUCUCGUUAUCUGCCAGCUCGGAUUACUGAGCUACUUGGAUGUGCUUCGUUGUUACUGCGAUUAAUUUUGCUUUGUGCAGUGUCAGUGAGAAGUGCAAGUUUUCUCUCGGGGCUCAUAAGGCAACAACACGCUUCAGUCCCUUAAAGAAAAACCAACUCAUCAUCGAAGAAAAAUCUAUUUAGGAAUAGACCGAAUAGACUCAUCAAUCGUCGCCGCUGUACAUUAACGAAUGAUUUUCAAAGCUAAUAGGCUUUUAAUUCUCUAGAUUCUGAAGAACAGCUGUGACUGUGUUGAAAAGGCCUAAGAUAAUCAGUGCGUGCGGACUUGAUAUAACGUUGAACAAGUGUCUGAUAAACAUCUCUCCAUUAAAGAGUCUACCUUUGAAAGGCAUAAUUUACGCUACCGGACAUUUAAUAUCCAACGUCAUUGCCGAAUAAGACGUCUCCAAUUCCCCAUCGUAUCGAUCGAUCGAACAGGUCUUAAAUAUCUCACCAAGAGACAUAGUAGCAGUUAGGCAAUAUCCGGCAACCCGCCAGCCACCGAGCGAAGACACGCCAAAUAGCGACGGGUAUGCAAUUUAAUGGACACAGGGAGACGUCUAAGUGUCGUCUAUGGCCGAAUCCGUUGGUAAGCAAGUGCUCUCUGCAGUGACGGAGGGGCAUCAUCAUCAGCAGCAGCCACAUCAUCGGAAUCUUCAUCAGUCAGCAGCAGCCGCCGUCGCCACAAGUAGUAGCUAUAGUACCAGCAGCAGUAGCCGAAGAUCUAAAGUAAGGUCUUCGCAACAAACCGCCACGGAUCUCCGGCAGGCUCACAACAAUAGUACCAGCAUUAAUCGCAAAAGAAGGCACGAUCCGGAAGAAAAUUUAGGUGCAGGUAGCAGCAGUAGCAGCGCAAACACCACCACCAACACUACCAGUGGUUGUUUUGUAGUGAAAACACUCAAUAAUCCAACACCUUCGCCGAUUGCAUUCAGAACACGUUCGCGAACCGUCUCUAAGGAAAUACCGUUGGGCCGCAAGGCCCGUGCAGUAUCACCUGUGGUGGACGUACGCAACAAACGCCACAGUGUUCCCUACAGCGCUAGCAGUAGUAGUAGCUCAUCUACAAGCGCCAUUCGAUCAUCGUUUCAUGAAAGUACAAAGAUCACCAGCAAUACUAACAACAGCAGCAGCAGUACAAGCACUAAUCAUACGAAUUCGGGCGUUUCGGUUCUUAUUCUAACACCGAGUGCAUCGACAUUGUCCUGCUCAACAAACGCGUCUCCCCUAUCGGUAGCCCUGUCCAUCAGUAGCAGUUCUUCACUGUCUUCGUUUAUAGGAGCCGGCAGUAGCAGCAGCAGUACUACAUCAUCUAAAUCGCAGCACCAUCAGUACGGAUUAGACUGCGGGGAUAGUACUGCCAGUAGCAGCAGCCGUGGAGGAAGUGUUAGUUCCAUAGCAUCAUCAUCGCGUUCAAUUGAAAAACGCAAAAGACGGAAAAGCGGUUCAAAGCUUACCAAAAAACUCGUUGAACGUCUAUUUAAAGAAGAACCGGCAGGCGACACCCGUAGGCAGGGUUCCCGCCAAGAGAGAUUACCUAGUACGGUGGAAGAAGGGCGUAACCUACGUUCAAAUCAUCAUCAUCAGCAGCAGCAGCAGCAGUUUUACCUAGAUACAACAGUAGCUGGUGGAACAUCCGGAGCAUCCGCUUCAUCACAGCCAGUAGUAGUUUUUUCUUCGACAACCGUUCCGAAAAAGCGACAGAAAGUGGGGGACCAACAUUUGGACAGUACGGGCAGCAGCCAUAAAGCCCCGAACCUGGGGGCACGUCUAGCUCGUAGCAGCGGAGGUAGGGAGCCCCACCAUCAUCAACAACAACAGCAGCAGCAACACCAACUCUAUCAUUCCGGUUCAAGCAGUGGUGGUCAUUUUGGUGGCAGCAGCAGCAGUCACAGUACGCAGGGGCACCUACCCAGCAGUCUGCUAAGACGUAGUUCUCGUGGUAAAGGUUCCCAUCAAUCCGCAACAACGGGUUCUUGUGUCAGCUCGAACACCGCCAGUCCCAGCCAGCAGAAUCAACAACAGCCACAAUCAUCGCAGACUUCGCGUUCGGGCAGCCAUCGUGGUGGUGGUUCCGGUAGUACUUCGGCCCAUCUUAACGUGGCUGGAACUUCCGGUGCUGCUGCCAAGGGCUCGUCCUCGUCUAAAGGUGCAUCGUCUUCAUUCGCCAACAACAAUAACUCAACCUCACUUGGUUCAGUAGCAACGAGUAUCGGCUACGACCCUACAGCGGCCCCUCCCGGACCAUCUAAUUCAGCAAUGGCGAAUGAUGGUUCUCGCAGUAACAAUAACAAUGAGCACCAUCAGCACCAUCAACAAAGCUCAUCGAGCUCAUCGCAUCCCUUCAUCAAAUUGCACAAAACUACAAGCCUGGGAACAUCAGUGGCCGGCACUUCAUCACAAAUUGAUGUCAGUAUGAUAAAUACAGCCAAUUCGGGCGCAGUCGGUGGUACAGCAGUCGCUUCCGGUAAUCUGGGGGCAUCUGCUACCGCUCCACAUCCCGAUUCCGAAAGUGACGAUAGCGAAGUUGGUCGAUUACAAGCGCUACUCGAAGCUAGGGGUCUUCCCCCACAUCUGUUUGGUGCGCUCGGUCCCAGAAUGCAUCAUCUGCUUCACCGAACCAUGGGAGCUAAUAGCAGCUCCAAAGCACAACAGCUGCUCCAAGGGUUGCAGUGUCAAGAUGAAAGCCAACAACUUCAAGCCGCUAUCGAAAUGUGUCAAAUGUUAGUUAUGGGCAAUGAAGACACCUUGGCAGGAUUUCCAAUCAAACAGGUUGUUCCGGCUUUAAUUACACUGCUCCGAAUGGAACACAACUUCGAUAUCAUGAACAAUGCUUGUCGAGCUCUUGCUUACAUGCUUGAAGCAUUGCCACGUUCGUCCGGUACCGUUGUUGAUGCCAUCCCUGCAUUCCUUGAAAAGCUACAGGUUAUCCAGUGUAUGGACGUCGCAGAACAAAGCCUAACGGCCCUAGAAAUCCUUUCCCGUCGCCACAACAAAAGCAUUUUACAGGCGAACGGUGUUUCGGCCUGCCUCACGUAUCUCGACUUUUUCUCAAUUAAUGCCCAACGAGCAGCCUUGGCCAUAACGGCAAAUUGCUGCUUGAAUCUACAUACUGAAGAGUUUCACUUUGUCAAAGAAUCACUACCUCUACUGGCUAGACUACUAGCUCAGCAGGAUAAGAAAAGUGUUGAGAGUAUUUGUACUGCAUUUUACCGUAUGGUGGACAGUUUCCAGCAUGAUCCAACCGUUCUACAAGAAAUUGCCAGUAUGGAGCUGUUGAAAAACUGCCAACAACUACUGGUGGUAACUCCAUCGGUACUCAACUCAGGAACAUUUACCAAUGUGGUUCGUAUGCUGAGUGUCAUGUGUGCCAACUGUCCGGAUUUGGCAAUUACACUUCUCAAAAAUGAUAUAGCUUCAACUCUACUGUAUCUUCUUACUGGUUCUGCUGAUCCAGUCACGGUAGAUGUAGAACUAGUGCCACGAAGCCCUUCGGAACUGUAUGAAAUUACUUGUCUAAUCGGAGAACUAAUGCCACGUCUACCAACAGAUGGCAUUUUCGUCGUUGAUUCGCUUCUCGAAAGAACUCAAGCGAAUGUCCAAGAUGCUGUACAAUGGCAGUGGAAAGACGAUCGCGGCGUGUGGCGUCCUUAUUCUUCUAUUGACUCUCGAAUGAUAGAGGCAGCGCAUUUGAACUCGGAUGACGAGAUUAGCCUCAGUACUCUUGGUCGAACCUAUACAAUUGAUUUCCAUUCGAUGCAACAGAUUAACGAAGAUACAGGCACGACGCGAGCCGUUCAGCGCAAGAUCAAUCAUGCUUUGCUCGCUCAACAACAAGGCACAAUGAUUAUAGCGGCUGGAACACUGGCUACGAUAACACCUGGUGGAUCGGUGGCAGCAGCAAACAUUUCCAAUGAAACAGGAGAAUCGAUAACUAAUGUUGCUGGAGUAACAGGAUGCGUCAAUUUGGCAACACGCCCACCGAACGCGAUAAGGGAUGCUAGAAUAGCAUGUCUGAAGGAAGAACGUGGUCUUGCUGCUGAAUUUAUAAAGAACCUCUUCUCGGUUUUGUAUGAAGUUUACAGUUCAUCGGCUGGCCCAUCAGUUCGUUAUAAAUGUUUACGAGCGCUUCUUCGUAUGGUGUAUUUUGCUAAUGCUGAUCUUUUGAGAGAGGUGCUAAAAAAUCAACUGGUUUCAUCGCAUAUUGCAGGAAUGAUGGCUUCAAAUGAUUUAAGAAUUGUAGUUGGGGCAUUACAAAUGGCUGAAAUUUUGAUGCAAAAGCUUCCCGAAGUGUUUGGAACACACUUUCGCCGUGAGGGUGUCAUGCAUCAGAUCAACCAGCUGACAGAUCCUUCGAUUCCGAUUUGCGCUGCUCCUUCGCCGAAAUCGGGAGCUCAAAGUGCUCCUUCUUCGGCCACUUUCCAACCACACAAUACAUUUGACUUUGACAGUGCCAUCGCCUCAAGUUCAAAAACUACAUCGCAGGCGAUAGCAAUAGUUGGUGGCGGGGGUCCACACGUCAAAAAUCUAAACUCUGCAAUGAUGAUGGCCAGCAAAAUGAGUAUGUCGAUGCCUUCAACCAGUACCACGCUACUACACUCCCCGACGACAGCGAACAUGCCUGGUACAUCCAGUAGUUUUACAGCUAUCAAUCUUAAUGCAUCCGCCAAAGCUCUUCAUCAUAAUCACCAUCAUCACCAGCACCAACAACAGAUGUCAUCAAGCUCUAUUCAUUUGGAAUCGCUGGCCGCUGCCAACUUGCAAUCGGGCAUACCUGGAGCCGUUGCUGCUCCCAACAAUGGCAAUAUCUUACUAAACGCUAUCUACAGCUCUCCAAUUCCAAUCAAUCAGCCAACAGCGCAUCUGCAUCAAACGGCCAUAGAAGCUGGAACAAGCAAACAGCAACCCACCCAUUUGUACCAGACCCACCACUUCCCAGACACAUUUGCUUACAAUGCAGAACAAGGUAUCCUUACUUCACCACUGGCGACUACCUCGGGACCGCCGGGUGCAACUCUCGUGGCCACUACGAUGGCAUCCGCCACUCAUCAUGACACCCGAUCUCACAGCCCCGGUCAACUGAAAGUAUCCGAUAUCCUCAAACGUAAAGUUCCACCAAAACGAAAGUCACAAAGCAGUUCAAAAUCGAAGUCGCGCCAAGAAGACACUGCUAGCAGCUCAGGAUCGGCAGUUAGUCAUGCUCUGGCUAGUGGAUCAUCCACAGCAGCCGGAACAUCCGGUACAUCGACAACGUCAUCUGUUAUGCAAGAGCUUAUAAACAAAGCCACCACCUUAGGAUCUUCAUCUGGCAGGAAUACUCCUUCGUCGAGUGCACGGUCUCGCUUCUCCGGUGCUUCAUCAAAGACUACAUCCUUCCUUGCAUCUUUAAAUCCAGCACGUUGGGGACGGCAAUCUUCGUCGUCGUCCCAUCACUCUAAUACUUCUUAUGGAAAAGAGAGCACAAGUGUACUGGCAAAAAGCCAAUCAAAUUCCAAUUUGAUUGCCGCUGGUAAUCGUGAAAAAGCUCGUCAAUGGAUUCGUGAACAGGCUAUAAAUUUUGUAACCCGUCACUCCUCCGAUGGAAUUGGUGUUGCUCCAGGAUCAGGACAACAUCCGGCCUGUUCGAUUUUAGCUCGCCUAACAGGCGCUAUCCAAAAACUAGAAAGCAACCGCGAUCACUGUUUAUUGGCACUUAAAGAGUUACGCGAUAUUCUGAUUGAGAGUGAUAUAUCACCCUUCGAAGUUAACCACUCAGGGCUCAUCCGUGCCAUGCUUAGCUUCAUGGCCACCGAAGACAACCAACAACAGCAGGUAGAAAGAGCUGAUCGCUUGCGAAUGUUUUUGCACGUGUUUGCCAAUCUUCCCUUGGAUCGAAAUUACUCUAGUUCAACUGUUCCUGUGACCCUCAAUCCGGCCCCUUUCAGUGCGUUUGUGGCUAAGCUCAACGGAUGUGUUACCCAACUAGAGCAGUUCCCAGUCAAGGUACAUGAUUUCCCUGCAGGUGUUGGUGGGCGAUCCAAUACAAGUGCUCUUAAAUUCUUCAAUACCCAUCAGCUGAAGUGUAACUUACAGCGUCAUCCAGAAUGCACAAAUUUGCGCCAAUGGAAGGGCGGCACCGUUAAAAUAGAUCCACUUGCUCUGGUACAGGCUAUCGAGCGCUAUCUUGUUGUGCGUGGAUAUGGGGGAAUACGGGUUGAUAGUGAAGAAGAUUCCGAGGAAGACAUAGACAAUAUCGAUGCGGCUGCGAUGAUAUCCAUGGGUGGCUCCAAGCAUAAACUGCAAUUUUUGAUCGGAGAACAUGUACUGCCGUAUAACAUGACCGUGUAUCAAGCUAUUCGACAGUAUUCGCCGCUGGUAAACGACCAGUCUGAAACUGACACAGACACGGAGACACCAAUUGGAAGUGCAAGUAUCUGGGUGCAACAACAUACCAUUUAUUAUCGCCCUGUCGAUGAAGAUUCUAACUCUAGUUCUAAAAGCGGUACUUCGAGUUCAUCUCGUAAAAAUAGCAAAAAUUCACAAUCAAAGAUUAUGCGCCGUAAGCCAGAAUUUUGGAUUGAUGGAAGUGCACCAGCAGUGGUUUCUCCACUAGUGUCCUUUUUGAAUUCUAAACUUCCAGAAAUAGUUACAGUACAGGACGCCUCAUUGGAUGCCCUCUGUAUGUUAAGGAUCAUCAAUGCAUUAAAUCGUCAUUGGUCCUCGUUGUAUUUCUCGGUGCCCCAAGUUCAUAUUGUGCCGCAGACGGAAUUCAUCCAUUCAAAGAUAGCUGCAAAAGCAAGCCGGCAACUACAAGACCCAUUGGUCAUUAUGACAGGUAAUUUACCUCAAUGGCUCCAACAGAUUGCAGCUGCCUGUCCUUUCCUGUUUCCUUUCGAAACUCGGCAUCUGCUGUUCUAUGCCGUCUCCUUUGACCGCGAUCGUGCUCUGCAGCGUCUGCUCGACACAACGCCAGAUCUCAACUCGGCAGAUACGAGCGAAAGGGUUACUCCGCGAUUAGACCGUCGUAAACGUGCCAUUUCCAGGGAUGAUAUUCUCAAGCAAGCCGAAUCUAUUAUACAGGACUUUGGCCAUUCGAAGGCCCUUCUUGAGAUACAAUAUGAAAAUGAAGUUGGCACUGGACUGGGUCCGACCCUCGAGUUCUACGCUUUAGUGUCAACCGAGCUACAACGCUGUGAUUUAGGUUUAUGGAACGAUAGUGAUAGUUACAAGAAUAACAACAAUCAGCAGACAAGUUCUAUCGCGGACAAUAUCGUUAAAUCAGCGUUGAAUCAGAUUGAAGACGAUAUCAAUGCAUCCAAUACCAUGGCAAGUACAUUGCAUUCUAGUUCAACGACCGCAACUCCGACGGCGGUUCGUCACUACUCACAACAUCAGCAGCAACAACAUUUGGACAGCGACCAUAAUGCCAGCGAUAAUAGUUUCGUAAUAAGCAACGACAAUUCGUUGAAUAUGCUGAUUGAACAGUCGGAUAAUCUACUGCUGAGCAGCAAUCCCCAGCAAGCGGAACUAGAAAAUAAUCAAACGCCGCCCCCACCUAUUCAGCAGACACCAAACCAGCAGCAUUCGCUUAUAUCGCCGGGUGCCACACCUGGCAGCAGUGGAGUAGUUUCCUACGUUAAUGCCCCACACGGACUUUUCCCUAUUCCACUCAGUAAAACGGCCAAAACUUCUCAGAUCUCACGCUUGAAGUAUAAGUUCAAAUUCCUCGGUAAAUUUAUGGCAAAGGCUGUGAUGGAUAGUCGAAUGCUUGACCUCCCCUAUUCGAUACCUUUCUAUCGUUGGAUGCUCAGUGAAGAUAGUUCUCUAGGAUUGGCCGAUUUAGACCAAGUCGCUCCAGAAGUGCAAAUUACCUUGCUGCGUUUGAACGAAAUCGUUAAACAACGUGAUAUGAUCCAAAGCGAUCCUAGUAUGGAUGCAAUGGAAAAGACUGAAAAGAUUGAAUCCCUAGACUUGGACGGAUGCCCCAUUGCUGAUCUUGGAUUAGACUUUGUGUUACCCGGUCACUCGAACAUUGAAUUGCGUCGUGGUGGUCGUGACACGGCCGUUACCAUUCACAAUCUGCACCAGUACAUAGGGCUAGUGACGCACUGGUUCUUAGUGGAAGGUGUUUCAAGACAGUUUGAAGCAAUGCGCGAAGGAUUUGAUUCAGUAUUUCCGAUCAACCGCUUGCGCAUGUUCUACCCCGAAGAGCUGGAAAACGUGUUCUGUGGCUCAGGUCUCAGUGCAACGUCUCACCAACGCUGGGAUACCCGAAUGUUAGCUGAGUGCUGCCGAACUGACCACGGGUUUUCGCAGGAUUCUCAAGCUAUACAGUAUUUCUACGAUAUCCUGAGUAACUACAACCGAGAAGAGCAAAGACUGUUUCUUCAGUUCGUUACUGGUAGUCCGCGUUUGCCCACCGGUGGUUUCAAAGCGCUUACACCACCGUUGACGAUCGUGCGUAAAAAAAUGGAUGGUCAGCAAAAUCCAGACGAGUAUCUACCAUCGGUAAUGACCUGCGUUAACUAUCUUAAGCUGCCUGACUAUUCAAGUCGCGAAACAAUGCGUCAGAAACUCAAGAUUGCCGCUAGCGAGGGUAGCAUGAGCUUCCAUCUGUCGUAAGCAGGGAGCUAGGGAGACCAUCAGAACGCAGCAUCUACCAGCAAGAGCAAACGAACUCAACUAGAACUAGUCGCAGUAUGUUUUUUACGUUUUCGUUGUUUAUUUCUUAAUGCCGGAAAAAAUCAAGAGAAAUACAUUUUCUCAUCAACAGCAAUGGAUGGUAUCAACUUUUUUUUUUGUUAACGAUAAGCGUGGCGAGCCACGUAAGCUAACACUAAAAACGAUAAGAACUUAUAUCUGAACCAAAAAGAAGGAGAAAUAUAGUUAUUGUGAAUAAGGCGUUUCAAGUUGAGGAUAUAAAUACAUUUUUAGAGGAAAUUUAAUCUUUAUUUUAUUUAAAAAAAAAACCUUGAACGUAGAAUAAAUCUUGAGAUUGAGAACUACAUUUCUAAUGCCUGUUACGACUCAAUGUCAUUAACGAGCCAGAGAAUCACUGUCUCUUAAAUUGAGCAUCUUUCACGUUUAAGGCUUUUAACGUUUAUUUAUGUACAAAUUAUUAUUACUACAUUGUACACAAUUUUCGCAGUUUUGUUUUUUCUGUUUUAUCUUAGGAAAGGUAUAUCCAUCAGGUAAUGGGGGAAGGCAGUUGUAAAAACAAGCGCCACUGUGCAAUGUAUAAAGUACACUAAAACAUAGAAAUAAUCCCCCAAGAAGAAAAAAUAAUUUCUAAACAUUUAGUAGGUAAUUGUUUAGCUAACAACAGUGAGAACAAAAUAUCCUUAGCCGCUAACCGCAAACCACUAUUAAAACAAACAUACAAUCAGCUCGUUCCACACAUUUCAGCAGGGUUCCGAAUUUGAAUGCAAAUCAUUGCCUGAAUUGGAUACGAAAAUUAUUCAGUAGUCCGUAUUCGAUGAACAAUUUCAACCCAAACUCCACUAGCUAAAAAGGAUAGGGCGCAAAUAUAGGUAGUUGCGAAAUAUGACGUAAAACAUCAUACCUCUUCUGUUGACUAUCAUAUCCUUUUUUUUUGUAUUAAGCAUAAUAAAUCAAUCUUUAGAUUUUUGAGUUUAUUACGAAAUUUAAGUCGUUCAGAUAAAAAAAAAUCGAUUGUUUACUUUUUUUCGGCGUUCUAAUAACCAGAAGGUAACGAUAGUUAUCGAAUUAUAACGGAGUAUCAAAAGUAUGUAUACAGAAUCGACUUCCGCUGUUGAAGCAAACAUUUUUUAUUUUGCAAUUACAAAUAACGAUCAUACCGAACUUGGUAUAACAUACAUACAACAAAAAAAUAUUGAAUCUACCCCCUACCCGUAUUGAAGUGGAUUUUUUGCGUUCGGCAAGGAGCUACCAAAAAAAUAUUGCAAGCAGAGGUGAUGAACAGAGGAUUGGUACAUAGAAUAAAGAAAAAAAAGAGAGUGAUGAUUGUGAUUAUGUGUAGUGUAAGACUUACAACUUGAUAAUAUUGAUAACGAAUCAGUAAUAAUAAAAAAAUAUAUGAAUUUAUUGAAAAA